AUCACGAACCUAGCUCGUCACAAAUUCAGUUCCUGUAUGGCUACAAUCGCUUAUAAAAACCCUAGCUAGCUCGCGCUUGUCUUCACUCUUCAGUUCCAUUAAUUAUUCUACCCACCAAUCUCCAUCAGAAGAGUGCGAACCCCAUUUCCCACCAUUAAAAAGAAGACCCUUUCGAUGAACAUUUGUUUCCCUUCCAUGCAGACGUGAGAGAAAGAGAGAGCGAGAGAGAAAGAGCAACGAAACCCUAACUUCUACUCGAGCCAUCGCUAUGAGGGCUGAACUGACAAAAAGCACUCCAUCCUUAUACCUUCGAAACCUCAAUCUCCUCAACAACCCUCAGGCUCCCCUCUCCGGUGCCCUCCGAGGAUGUCUAGGUAGCCUCGACGGAGCAUGCAUAGAGAAGCUGCUUCUCCACUGCGCGAGCGCCCUGGAGAGCAACGACGUCACUCUUGCCCAGCAGGUCAUGUGGGUGCUGAACAACGUGGCCUCUUCCUCGGGCGACCCGAACCAGAGGCUCACCUCAUGGUUCUUACGGGCACUGAUCUCUAGGGCGUCUCGGCUUUGCCCCACUGCUGUGGGAUUUAAUGGCACCAGCACGAUCCCAAGAAGGCUGAUGAGUGUGACGGACCUAGCUGUGUACGUUGACCUCAUCCCUUGGCAUAGAUUUGGGUUUUGCGCUUCGAAUGGUGCUAUAUAUAAAGCAAUUGAAGGGUACUCAAAGGUUCAUAUCUUAGAUUUUAGCAUCACUCACUGCAUGCAGUGGCCGACUCUUAUAGAUGCUCUGGCUAAGCGGCCUGAGGGGCCUCCUUCCUUAAAAAUCACGGUCCCAAACUUCAGGCCACCAGUUCCUCCCUUGCUUAACGUGUCUAUUGAAGAAGUCGGCUUCCGUUUGGGAAAUUUCGCCAAGUUUAGGGAUGUCCGUUUCGAGUUCGAUGUGAUUGAUGACUCACCCUGCUCCCUCUCUAGUGAAAACCAUUUUAACGAAUCCCCUAGGUUUCCUUUUCAAUCGUUACUAGAUCAACUAAGUUCUCUCUCUUUCGAUCAUAGCAAUGGGGAGGCUCUGGUAAUCAAUUGUCAAAACUGGCUUCGCUAUUUAUGUGAUGAGCCAAAUGAUCGGCAGAGUGGUCGACUAGGCGAAGAAUCCAGUCGUCGAGAUGCCUUCCUUGACAUUAUCAAGGAGCUCGACCCCUGUAUAGUAACUGUGGUAGAUGAAGACUCCGACUUGAGUGGGCCGAGUCUAACAUCAAGAAUCACCUCUUGCUUUAAUUACUUGUGGAUACCUUUCGAUGCCUUGGAGACUUUCUUGCCCAAGGACAGUAGCCAGCGCAUAGAUUACGAAUCUGAUAUCGGCCAUAAAAUCGAGAACAUCCUGGAAUUCGAAGGGUGCCAGAGGAUAGAGAGGCUAGAGUCGGGAGCUCAGCUGACGCAUAGGAUGAAGAAUAUGGGAUUUCUCAGCGCACCAUUCUGUGAAGAGACAGUCGGUGAAGUGAAGUCAUUGUUGGAUGAACAUGCCAGUGGCUGGGGAAUGAAGAGAGAAGAGGACAUGCUGAUUCUAACAUGGAAGGGCCACAACUCCGUCUUUGCCACGGCUUGGGUCCCUGCCAGUUUCGAUGGAUAGUUUAAAGACAUGAAGGUAGCCUUUUGAUUAAGAUGUUCGUAAUGGCUCUUACUUAGAUGUAGCCCAUUACUGUUUCUGAUAUGCACGUUAGAUGGUAAUAUCUGUGUCCCUUAAAAUACAUGCGGAGUGAUGCUUUUUCAUUAGGUGUGUAAGCAUCCUCAUAUAUAUAUAUAUAUGCAGGUAUGUGUCAAAUUAAAUUGGAGGAGGAAUAAAUUGCUCCAUGUGAGAUGGUUUUCUUGUAUCGGGCACAAAAGAUAUGUAGUUGAGACAAAAUAGGAUUACCUGUUUUAUAUAUGAAAAGGCUGCAAAAACCGAACGAGACCAA